AUGCCUUACCAGUCUAAACGGUCGCGGAUGUCGCGCUCGCACGGCCCCUCGUGUGGCUCCCGCUGUAGCGAUCAUAUCAACCUCCGCUGGCAUCAUCCGCAGCCCUCGUCCUCUUCCUCCGACAUGGCGCACUACGUCUCCCCCCGCAAGGCGGGUGUACGGAACCAUCGACCUGUCACCAAGCACGAUACCCAGCAAGGCAGUCGCAAGAAUCAGCUUGCAUGGAAGAGCGAAAUCGCAGGCAAAAUCGUGCUCAUCACGAAUCCUGUAGCAGAGUUCCUCGAGCACUUUGUGCCCGGAGAAAAGCCUCUUAAGUCUGUGACCAAAGCGGCCUUCCAGAUGCCGAAGAAUGCCAGGUUAGAGAGCGAGAUGUACGGUCCCUUGAAACCUGUAUUCGUCAACCACAACCACGACCGCAUCGUAUUCCCCUACAAGCUGUGCGCAUCGGAGCACCACGUCACUCGGCCGGAUGUGAUCGCCUCGUUUCCCGGCGAGGAGUCGAUUGGCCGACAUGCCGAUUACUGGAGGAACAUCUCGUUCGUCGUGGAGGUGAAGCUCGCCGUGAGCGAUGAUCCGAUGAAGUCGUACUCAGAUGCCCACGAAGCUACACUGGUCCAGCUGUCGAAGAGUGCGCGUAACCUGCUCGUGUCGCAGAGCCGACUGUUCGUCUUCGUUAUCGGUGUCUAUGGACCGCUCGCUCGGAUCUUUCGCUUCGACCACGCCGGCGCCGUCUGCUCGGACGCAUUCGACUACACGACCCUUGACGGCAGCCGACUCCUCCACGAAUUUCUGUGGCGAUUCACCAUCCACCGCCACACUCUGGCUGUCGCGUCGUGGGCGAUGACCCUACUGUGCAGCUCGUCCGUGCGGGACAGCGAAGAACACACCCGAGGCGUCGAAGAUAUAUCGCUACGUCACUGUCGGGAGCUCGGAGGGGAAGCGGAAGGGACGAAGUAUCUUGUCUACGACCUGCUCUUCAUCAAUCCGCAUCUGUUCUCGCGGGCGACGACGGUGUGGGAGGCUAUCGAAGUCGAUGGAGACAACAAGCCUGUGAAGACGCCCGUCGUCAUCAAGGACUCGUGGCGGCAGAUGAUGUCCUGGCAUUGCGGUUUCGUGUCUGGCGAAGACCUUGGUACAAAGGAGAUCCUGUCUUUGCAGCGCGGCGAGCCCGGCGGUCGGGACGUCGGCCAUCUCACAGUCACUGCACGACACUCCGUCAAAGGACACCGUGCAGCUUACGAGGCCGGCAUCAUGCAUCGUGACGUUAGCGAAGGCAACGUCAUGAUAUCGCGCAACCCCAAUGAUACGUUCAAGGGGUACAUUCAAGAUUUCGACUACGGUCUGAACUGGAAGAAGCUCCUUGAUUUUCUCAAGCAUGGCACGAAGCUCGAGACUGGGAUGCUUUCGUACAGUCCGAAAGUGCGAAGAUACUAG